AUGAAAAAACUGGGAAGUGUGAAUGCAAGCAAUCCAAAACAGGAUGAGCAUGUUUGGGUACCAGAUGCUACCGAGGGGUUUGUGUUAGGUGUCGUGAUUCAGAAUAUAGCAGAUGAUCGUGUGUUAUUGAGGAUUGAAGGUACGGGUCACGAAAAAACCGUAUGCCGCGAAGAAUUGCAAUCUGUAAAUCCAGCCAAAUUAGACAAGAUAGAAGAUAUGUCAUCGCUUUCAUAUUUAAACGAAGCAUGUGUAUUACACAAUCUCCGGCAGCGAUACUAUUCAUCUCUUAUAUACACGUAUUCCGGCCUAUUUUGUGUCGUCGUCAAUCCGUACAAAUGGAUGCCUCAUAUCUAUUCAGCAACAGUGAUGAAAAAUUAUCGUGGACGAAAACGGCACGAAGUACCUCCUCAUGUAUUCGCUGUGACUGAUUGUGCUUAUCACGAAAUGUUGCAUCAACGAGAAGAUCAGUCCAUCCUUUGUACAGGAGAAUCAGGUGCUGGAAAAACGGAAAAUACAAAGAAAGUAGUUCAAUAUUUAGCAGAUAUUGCAGGUACUGGACGACAUAUGCGUUCAUCAGUUGUCAGGAGUCCGGGAAAGGGUGCACUACCGACAUCAUUAUCAUUGUCACCUCUUCCGGAAAAUAUAUCACCUGUUGGCCACUUGGAAGAUCAGUUGCUACUAGCGAAUCCGAUCCUCGAAGCUUUUGGUAACAGUAAAACAGUUAAAAACGACAAUUCUUCAAGAUUUGGUAAAUUUAUCAGGAUAAAUUUCGACCAAUGUGGUUGUAUAUCGGGUGCAAAUAUUGAGCAUUAUUUGCUGGAAAAGUCGCGUACUAUCCGCCAGGCGGCAGAUGAACGAUCGUUCCACUUUUUUUAUCAGUUAUUGCUCGGUUCAUCUGUUAGCACGAAAAGUAUGUUUUUGAUGGAUGAUAUCGACAAUUAUCGUUUUCUUACUAAUGGAAAUCUCAUUAUCCCAGAUGUUGAUGACGCUUCCGAAUUGUCAAGCACUUUGAAUGCAAUGAGAGGAAUGGAUUUUUCGGACACAGAAAUUGAUGCAGUCAUGCGAGUAACAUCCGCAAUUUUACUAUUGGGAAACAUGUCAUUUACCGAAGACCGUAUUUCUGAUCAGGCAAUACUCGUCGACGAUAGAGUUGCUCAAAAAAUAUGUUGUUUACUUGGAUUACCAGUAUCGGAUUUAGCAAAAGCAUUUUUGAAACCGAGGGUAAAGGUUGGUCGUGAUUAUGUACAUAAAGCACAAACUCGUGAGCAGGUUCAGUAUGCGGUUGAAGCCAUUGCAAAAGCAAGCUAUGAACGAUUGUUCCGAUGGCUAGUGAUGCGAAUCAAUCGUUCUUUGGGGCGCUCGGCAAACAGUGGGACAGCAUUCAUUGGAAUACUUGAUAUUGCUGGAUUUGAAAUAUUCCAAUUAAACACUUUCGAGCAACUAUGCAUCAAUUAUACGAAUGAAAAAUUGCAACAAUUAUUUAAUAAUACAAUGUUCAUUUUGGAACAAGAAAUGUAUCGAAAGGAAGGGAUCGAAUGGAAUUUUAUUGAUUUUGGUCUCGAUUUACAGCCAACUAUAGAUCUUAUCGAAAAACCAUUAGGUGUUUUAUCAUUACUGGAUGAGCAGUGUAUAUUUCCGAAGUCAACUGAUAAAUCAUACGUGGAAAAGCUGACUGCCAAUCAGUCUAAACAUCCGAAAUUUAUUGUGCCUGAAUUCAGAACGAAAUCCGAUUUCGCUAUUGUCCAUUAUGCAGGCCGCGUGGAUUAUUCUGCAGAUCAAUGGUUAAUGAAAAAUAUGGAUCCACUGAAUGAUUCAGUUGUGUUUUUACUUCAAAAUUCAGGAGAUCAACUUGUGGCAGAGAUGUGGAAGAAUGCGGAAUUUGCAAGUCUGGGAAUAGCUGAUCAAACUGAUUAUAUAUUUGGCGCACGAACCAAGCGAGGAAUGUUUCGCACGGUUGGACAAACAUACAAAGAGCAGUUGUCACGACUGAUGAAAACACUGCAGAAUACUUCUCCUCAUUUUGUUCGAUGUAUUAUUCCAAAUCAUGAGAAAAAGGCUGGUGUCAUUAACGGGCCUUUGGUAUUGGAGCAACUUCGUUGCAACGGUGUUUUGGAAGGCAUCCGUAUCUGUCGACAGGGCUUUCCAAACAGAACAUCUUUCCAUGACUUUCGCCGAAGAUACGAAUUGCUUGUUAAUCGAGGAACCAUUCCUGCUGGCUUCUUGGACGGAAAGGAAACUGUUAGGCGAAUCCUCGUUGCGCUGGAAGUGGAUGCAAGUCUCUUUCGUAUCGGUCAAUCAAAAGUGUUUUUCCGAUCAGGUGUUAUUGCUGCUUUAGAAGAAAUGCGUGAUAAAGAAUUGCAGCGUUUCGUAGCUCAGUUUCAAACUUACUGUCGUGGAUAUCUUGCUCGUCGUGCUUUCAAGAAACUUCUGCAGCAAAUUUCUGCGAUUCGGAUAAUCCAGAGGAAUGGUUUAGCGUGGUCACGUUUGAAAGACUGGAAAUGGUGGAGGUUGUUUGCUAAGGUCAAACCUCUUUUGGAAGUUACUGCAAGUGAACAAGCCAUAGCUGCCAAAGAAUCGGAAUUAAAUUCUUUACGAGAAACGUUAUUGCAAAAGGAAUAUACUUUGUCGGAUUAUACGAAUCGGAUUGAGCAGCUAACGAAUGAUCGCGCCGAAUUACAAAAAUUACUAAAAGAGGAAAGCGUAGAGAAAACGGAAAUAGAAGAUAUGAAAGAUCAACUGGUAUCCGUAAAAAUGCAACUGGAGAAAGAAGUCGAAAUUUUCAAACAAAAAUUUGAGGAAAAAGAAGUCGAAUGGAUUUCCGUUUCUGCGGAAUGUAAAAAGUUGCAGGAUGAUGCAGCAAUUCUUAGAGACCAACUUCGAGAAGAAAAUAAAAAAUACGAACAGUUACAAUUGUCUAAUGCCUCUGUUGAUCAAAAGUUGAAAACUCUGAUGAAGGAAAAGACAUUGCUUGAGGGAAGACUUACAACUGCUACUCAAAAAAUUGUUGUCGAAGAAGAACGAAAUCGGCAGAAUGUCAAAUUAAGGGCGAAAUUGGAAACAAAAAUAACAGAUUACAAAGAAGAGAAUGAAAAGAUGAGGAAGCACAUCGAAAUGACAGAAGCUGCAAACCAAAAACUUACCACAGAAAUGCGAGACGUUCAGGAUGAGAAUGAGGAACUAUUAGAAAAGCUAAACGAACUAAGUGCUCAACUUCAAAAGAAGGAUGAAGAACUCAUUGCUACUCUUACACAUAGCGAUGAAGAACAGUCUCAAAAACAAAAUUUGAUGAAACAGACGAAAGAAUUAAUAUUAGAAUUGCAAGAAGUUAAAGAAGACUUGGAAAACGAAAAAAAUUUGAGAACAAAGUCAGAAAAAGGAAAACGAGAUUGUAUGGAGGAGUUAGAGGCACUGAAGCAAGAGUUGUUGGAAUCACAAGAUAAAACACAAGCUAACAUGGAAUUGCGAACUGAACGUGAGAAGCAGUAUUUAUCGAUUAAAAAAGAGCUUGAAGAAACAGCAGCACAACACGAACGAAAUGUUGCAGAGUUGAAGGCUAAGCAUUCACAGCAGUUGAAUUCUGUUAGAAUCGAGAACGAGCAGUUAAAAAAACAAAUGGAGCAGGUAGUUAAAACAAAGAGUCGUAUGGAAAAUGAAUUGCAAGAGAAAAUCGUCGUGAUUCAGCGGAAUCAGUCCGCGUUUUUGGAAAAUGAGCGAAAAAGGAAGAACGUUGAGAAUUUAUUGAACGAAUGGCAAACGAAAGCUGAGGAAGCUGAAAAAAAUGCUAUGGAGUUAAAAUCUGCUUUGAUAAAGGUACAGUCAGAGGUUGAAAGACUUACUAAGGAACUGGAAAGCAGUGAAAAUGUUGUUUUGGUUUUGCAUAAUAGAGUGGCAACUGCAGAAGUUCAGGCCACUGAUUUAAGCGAUGCGAUCAAUGUGGAAAAGUCUCAAAAUGAAGCGCUUCGUGCGAAGCUGCAGAUUCAAGAUGAUGAAUUAGAAAGUUUGCAGGAAAACAAAGAACGUAAUGAAUUUGCCAUUCAGAAAUGUGAAAAGGAGAUAAGUUCUCUGAAGCAACAGUUGACUGAUGUGAUAAAGAAGAAUGAUGAAAACCUACUUCUGCAAGCAGAAGAGUUGCGUAAAAAACUGACGAAAGAGAUGGAAGCUUGUAAAAAGGAAUUAGAACAAAGUGAGUAUGCUCGUGCUCGGAGUGAGAAGGCAAAAGAAAAAUUAGUGCAGGAGAAGGAGGAUAUGCUAAACGAGUUGGAUAAAUUGCGGUGCAGUGUGCGUGAUAUGGAAAAGAAACAACGGAAAUUUGACCAAAUGCUUGAAGAAGAAAAGUCACAUGUGGCAAAAGUUAGUAUGGAACGAGAUAAGCUGGCACAAGAGCUUCGUGAUCAUAAAUCGAGUGCGCUAGUGACAGCAAAGGAAAUUGAUAUUCUCAAAAGUCGAAUUACUGAACUGGAAAACAUUAGAAAUGCGCUGCAAAUGGACCUUGAUAAUGCUGUUACCAUGAAAGACGAUACUGGCCGCAAUAUUUUGGAGCUUGAUCGAAUGAAGCGGCAACUAGAGAUCGAAUUGGCAAACGCGAAAGAGACGAUCACAGAACUGGAAGAUAACUUGCAGCUUACCGAAGAUGCAAAACUACGAUUAGAUGUGACCUUACAGGCGGUAAAUAUCGAAUUGGAAAGAACUCGCAAUGACAAGGAGCGGGAUGAUGACGAACGGCGUAAAGUAAUGCUGCAAAAGCUUGGUGACCUGGAAAGUGAACUAGAAUCGGAGCGUCACACUAGACUAACUCUGAUGCAACAAAAGCGCAAGUUGGAAGCAGAUUUGCACCAGUCAUUAGAACAAGUGGAAGCUAUUACUACCCAAAAAGAAGAAUUUUCACGACAGCUUCGGAAAUACAGUUUGCAAUUGAAAGAUUUGCAAUUAGAAGUAGAAGAAUCGAAAGACGCCAAGAAUGCAGCAAUGUUACGGACACAAGAUAUGGAGAAAAAAUUGAAGUCGUUGGUAGAUGAAUUGGCGAGAGCAACAGAAACAAAUAUGCAAUUAACUGCUGAUAGGCGGCGUGCAGAGAGAGAGAGGGAUGAUGCUGUGGAAGAGCUUGGUGUUAAAAGUAGUUUGAUGAGUACUGAAGAUAAAAAGAGAUUGGAAACGAAAAUUCAUGAACUGGAAGAACUGCUUGAAGAAGAGCAGAACAACAGCGAAUUGAGCAAUGACAAGCUCAAAAAAGCUCAAAUUCAGCUGGAAACACUGACAACAGAAUUGGCAGCUGAACGUUCGUUAUGCGAAAAAUUAGAAGCAGAUAAGCAGUACUUUGAAAAACAGUGUAAAGAUCUAAAAGUGACAUUAGAGGAAAUGGAAAACGACAUGAGAACUCGUAACCGAGGACAGUUGGCUGCGCUGGAAGCGAAGCUUCAAGCAGCGAAUGAACAGUAUGCUCAAAUGGAACAGGAACGAAAUACGGCUAUUCGACAGAUUCGACGCAUGGAAAAGAAAUUGAGUGAUACACUGAUGAUGAACGAAGAAGAGAAGCGAAGUAUAGAACAGUUGAAGGAUACCGCAGAUCGCGCAAUGACACGACAUCGUCAGAUGCGUCGACAAAUCGAAGAUCUAGAAGAGGAAGCAUGUCGUGAACGAUCGAAAUGUCGACAACUCCAAAGAAGUAUUGAUGAUCUGAAUGAAGCCAAUGAAACACUAACUCGAGAAAAUGCACAGCUAAAAAGCUUAGCAGCACUUGCACGACGUUCUGGACUCAACCGAGCAAGUACUUCACGUUUUGGAAGUGAAACAGACAGUAUUGGACGUGGUGCUCGAAGUUUUGGAGGUGAUAGUACUGAUUUGUUGCGGCCGAAUUCUGGAUCAACAGCAGGUUCUUAUGCUGGCGAUGAUCCAGAUCUUACUACAAGCUAAUUUAACCUGAGUUUUUGCUUUUUUGCUUCAGUUACUUUAUGCAUUUGUAUUAUCAAUUAUUUGGAUGGG